ACCUUGACCUUCAAGAUCGUAAUCGACCCCUUCCUACAGGCAGCCCAAGCUAGAGAGGUUUGCUACGUAUAUUGAUAUUGUGACUUCUUGGAUUGGAAUUCACUGGCCGCCUGUGGCCUCACUCUCAACGCCUUUAUCGCACCUUGGAGGCUUUGCUUCCAGCUCCCAGCUCCGAUGGAUCCGAACGAAUCUGCGCCGAUGGAGUCUGGGUGCAGUUUCUUCGAGGCCGAGUCGAUACCAGAAUUGGAGAAAGAUCGAAGAGGCUGGCCGUGGAUAAUGCAUAAAGGCCACCGAGCUUGCAUGGAGUGUAGGAGAAAAAAGACAAAAUGUGACAUGCGACAACCCAUAUGUGGCCUUUGUCAUAGGACCGGCGGUUCUUGCACGUUUCCCACAAAGAGGAAAACGCCCGAGUUCCGGCGUCCGUCGACGAAGGGUAACAAGAAACAGAGAAUUGAUCCAGACAGACUUGAGCGUCUUGUUGACCUUCUCGAAUCUAAACUCAACGAUGGCCAAGCUUUCGAUAAACCAUCGUCACAGGAUUCUGAGCAGAGGCCCUCGAAUAGUCCCCCGAAUGAUGCCGACCCGAAUACGUCGACGUCGUUCGACUCAGCUUCAGGCAUCGCGGACCAACACUCUACGGGCGACUUGGACUGUGGCGGAUCGACUGGUAGGAGUCCGUCUAAUAUCCUCGACAUUGCAGACUGCCUCGAUCCUCGAAAAGCCUCGGAAACUCGCCACGAAGAAGCCUGCCGCCUCGACGUCCCGAGCGAAGUCGCGACUGAACUCAUCCAAGUAUACUUCGACAAGGUCCAGCCCUGGCUUCCGUUACUUCACAAGCCGCGGACCUUAGCCCGAUUCAUGCAAAACGACGCGUCAGGGGCCAUCUGCCAGGGAAGAUACUCGACCGCGGACGCGUUUUUACUCUACGGUAUCUUUGCCUUGGCUGCGCGCUAUUCUACCCAUCAAUCUUUUCAGAACAUCCAAGCACCGGACCGCGGCGCGCAGUUCGCAACCAAGGCCAAUCGCUGUUACACUACGCUUCGAACGGUAGAAUAUGGCCCAACACUGCAGUAUCUUCAGGCCUGUAUCCUGCUAUGUAGUUACUUGCACGCUUCUGGCCCCGGGCAUACGGCCUGGAUCCUCACUGGUGUCUGCGUUCGGUUCGCUUACGAUCUUGAUCUUUGCGAUGUUGAUGAGCGAGAAGACCCCUGGACAGACCCGACACAGUGGACUGAUCUCGAAGAACGUCGGCGAGCCUUCUGGCUUGUGUGGGAGCUGGAUAUCUUUGGUUCAACCAUAUCAAGGCGACCAAGCGCCAUCAACCGCAACAGAAUGGCGGUUCGCCUGCCAGUUGCAGAUGCCGCCUGGUUUGCAGAAACACCCAUCGAGUCUCCAGUACUUCACCCACGGCCAUCAGAGGCCUGGAAGAUACUCUUUGAAUCCCCCAACCAAGACGAACGUGCGUGGUUUCUUCUGGCAAACUACCUCAUGGCGGUCUGUUACGACACCUGUUCAAGCAAACAUAGUUGCGCCCACGAGCAGGAGGAACUUGCAGGCUCCGUUACUUGUCUUUCCCUCGCGAUAACGCAGCGCUUUGGCCUGGAAAUCCACCCCAUCCUUUUCGACGCCGAGAACUUUGCUCGGUCCAACUGGAUCAUCGGUAUGCACUUGAUGUUGACAAGUGCGCGCACCUUCAUCUCGGCAACUGAUGCGAUGCGAAAAGCUUCUGUAUUGAUAAACACACGAGAAAUUUCCCGCAUCAUCUUGCACUGGCACCCGGAAUAUGUCGCUUUAAGCCAUCCUUUUUUUGCCUGUACUUUGCUGCCAACCUGGAUGAAUCCUCCACACGAAGCGCUUCUCCCGUCUACUGAAAGUUCAAAUCCGCAUCAAGACAUGUUAAAUUUGAUCUUGGCUCGGUAUGGCUCGGUCUGGAGACUAGGGUCAUUACUCCUUGACGUGGCUGCGAUGUUGAGUCGUCACCCUGAGAUCUCGGACCAAGAGCUUCUAGUUGCAAAGUACUUUGCUAUAUACUUCCCGAAUCCCCUUAUGGCAAAGGCUUCUGCGACGGCUUGCACGAACGUUCAGACUCUACAAUCCGCGAAUCUGCGUGGCACAACCACAACGGGCGGCGAACUGCCUGAGCAGAUUUUCCACUUGCAUGGACUGGCCACAAAUCUCCAGAAAGAAGAUCAACUGAACGACGUUGUGAGCACAGGUCAAUCGGGAGAAGAUUCAUUUGACCUGAUGGACGAUUGGAGCUCACGGCUUCAACUUGAUUACUUGUGCGACGAUAAUCAACAUUUUAACUACUUGCAGCUUUGAACUGAGUCGAGAUGGAAUUAAGAGAGGACAGAAUUGUGUAUUGAGUAAAGCAGGCGAGCUGAUAUGGGCCUCUCUGCGUGUAAUAUCAAAUCUACCUAUCGGGAUACUCACAGCUUGGCCUCGCCGGUCGAAGAGGGAAGGUCUGCGAACUUUGUAUACUCUGCUAGACAUUCCGGGUUGGCAACCGAGUCAAUAUUUGCUACCUUCGAUUUGCACACAAUGGCCUUGACGACCAUUUCGAUGUUCUUGCCGUUGGACGUGCAGGGGAUGUCGUUGACUCGAAAGAUGUGUGCAGGGACAUGCCUGGGGCUGAGUUGCUCUCUGAUAGCCUCUCGGACGUCCUCGCGAACCUGGUCGAAAUUUGAAGUCUUGGUCUUCAAGAAUAGGAG